UUCUUUCCAGAACACCCACCCAACCGGCCGUACACUCCUUCUUUCUAGUGUUGAUGCUCUCACUUCGUUCAUGCUGUUGCCUACGCCAUCAUACCUCGCUCUCGCUCCCCCUCGUCAAGGCCCUCUCUUUCUCUCGCUUCCCCACCAAACCCUUCUCUCUCUCCCCCUAUCUCCACCCCUUCUCUUCCGCCAACCCUAGCUCCGUAGCCAUGUCCUCCCGCCCUUCCGCUUUCGACGCCCUCAUGUCCGGCGCUCGGGCCGCCGCCAAGAAAAAGCCCCAGCCCCAGUCUUCGUCUCCCGCCAAACGCAAAGCCCCAGAUUCUAACAACCCUCCCCUAAACCCUAGCACCCCCAAUUCUUUGCCGCCCCAAAACCCCAUUUCCUGCGAAUCGAGCGUGGUGCCCGAGGAGGCGAUUGCCUCGAAGAAGAAGAAGAUCCAAGAUGUUUGCGCGGAGGAUAGGGUUGCGCAAUUGAAGAGCAAAAUGCCGCAGUUGAAGCUGAAGGCCGGGGAUUUCAGUCCGAAAUCGGUUGCUUGUUGGGGCGAGGGCGAGCGGAUUCCCUUCAUUUUUCUCUGUUUGGUUUUUGAUAUGAUUUCGAAGGAGACGGGCCGGAUUGUGAUUACAGAUAUAGUGUGUAAUAUGCUCAGGACUGUGAUGCAUACCACGCCGGAUGAUCUCGUGGCGGUUGUUUACCUUUCGGCAAACAGGAUCGCGGCUGCGCACGAGGGCUUGGAGCUGGGAAUUGGGGACGCUUCCAUAAUUAAGGCGCUCGCGGAGGCUUGUGGGAGGACCGACGUGCAGGUUAAAAAGCAAUACAAGGAAUUGGGAGACUUGGGUCUUGUUGCAAAAGCAAGCCGUUCAUCUCAAUCUAUGAUGCGCAAGCCUGAUGCAUUAACUGUUACCAAGGUUUUUAAUACAUUCCGGCUCAUUGCUAAGGAAUCUGGGAAGGAUAGUCAAGAGAAGAAAAAAAACCAUAUCAAGGGACUGCUUGUUGCUGCCACCGACUGUGAACCACUAUAUCUAAUUCGUCUAAUUCAGACAAAGUUGCGUAUUGGAUUAGCGGAGCAGACCCUAUUAGCUGCAUUGGGUCAAGCUGCUGUAUAUACUGAAGAACAUUCUACACCACCUCCAAACAUCCAGUCUCCUCUAGAAGAGGCUGCAAAGAUUGUUAAACGAGUGUACUCUGUACUUCCUGUCUAUGAUAAAAUAGUUCCUGCCCUUCUCAGUGGUGGUGUUUGGAAUCUUCCACAGUCAUGUAGCUUUACACUCGGUGUCCCAGUUGGACCUAUGUUAGCAAAGCCAACUAAGGGGGUAUCUGAGAUUGUAAAUAAAUUCCAGGAUAUGGAAUUUACCUGUGAAUACAAGUAUGAUGGAGAACGUGCCCAGAUACAUUACAUGGACAAUAAUUCAGUUGAGAUAUACAGUCGAAAUGCUGAACGAAACACUGAAAAGUUCCCUGAUGUUGUCAUUGCAGUUUCAAGGUUGAAGAAGUCACCUGUUAAAUCAUUUGUGCUGGAUUGUGAACUUGUUGCUUAUGACCGUGAAAAAAAAAAAAUUCUGCCAUUCCAGAUCCUCAGCACUCGAGCUCGCAAAAAUGUUGCUCUGGGUGAUAUAAAGGUUGAUGUUUGCAUAUUUGCUUUUGAUAUGCUGUAUCUUAAUGGUGAACCACUUCUUCAGGAAGAACUUAAAGUUCGUAGGAAGCACCUUUACGACUCUUUUGACGAAGAAAGUGGAUUUCUCCAGUUUGCAACUGCAAUAACAUCAAAUGAUCUCGAGGAAAUACAGAAAUUUCUUGACACCUCUGUCGAUUCAAGUUGUGAGGGUUUAAUUAUCAAAACACUGACUAGAGAUGCUACAUACGAGCCUUCCAAGCGGUCACUGAACUGGCUAAAAUUGAAGAAAGAUUACAUGGAUAGUAUUGGGGACUCACUAGAUCUGGUACCUAUUGCUGCUUUCCACGGCCGUGGGAAGCGUACAGGUGUCUAUGGUGCCUUUCUCCUUGCUUGUUAUGACAGCAAUAAUGAAGAAUUUCAAAGCAUUUGUAAAAUAGGCACUGGAUUUUCUGAAACAAUGCUUGAAGAACGUUCUGCCAGUCUCCGUUCUAAAGUGAUUCCUAAACCAAAGCCCUACUUUCGGUAUGCAGAUUCAAUUAAUCCAGAUGUAUGGUUUGAACCCACUGAGGUUUGGGAGGUGAAAGCUGCGGACUUGACUAUUAGCCCUGUUUAUCGUGCUGCAAUUGGCAUAGUGGAUCGUGAUAAGGGCAUUUCUCUCCGAUUUCCACGUCUGGUUCGUGUCCGGGAAGAUAAGACUCCAGAGCAGUCGUCCUCAUCCGAGAUGGUGGCUGAGAUGUAUAAUGCUCAAAAGCACAAUCAUCCGAACGAUCAAGGUGAUAAUGAAGAUGAUUGAGGAUUUGUGGAGAUGUUUUUUGGUGUAAAAGGUCAGCUGCUUUGUCAGUUGCAACUUGCAACCCCAUGUGAGUGAUAUUUGAAUGUGAAUUUUUGGCAUCUAAUUGAUUAGUGCCUAAUCAACAUAUUUGGACACGUGGCACAUUUAAUGUGGUGUAGGAUCCAUAGUAGAGGAGUUAUGACAUCAUCCACAACAAAAACUCUCUCAUUUGGAUUUCCUAUGGAAUCCUUAUAAAACAAAAUUUUUCUCUACCUGCAGUGACAGAAUUAAUGGCCUGUCAUCAUGUAGAGUUUUUCCUGUAUCUGCUGUAACACAAUCACAAUUUGUGCAUAAAAUUUCAGACAUUACCACCGUUUGGUAUUUUCCUUCA